ACAACAUAACGUGAUAAUAACACCAUCACAAAGCUUGCACAGAAAUGAGGGAGGAUUCAGUGGGAAGAGAGUCGGAGUUGGACACCUACCUACCUACAUUACAGUGCUGGAGUAGGUAGGUACAUGGCUAGGUAUCCGUGCUUGCUCUCCUUGCUUCCUGGCUUCCUGGCCUGCUGCAAGGCAACCGUAGAAGGACCAUGCAUGAGGAAUGCAUUCUUGCCCAAUUCGACACCCCACACCUUCGAUUGCUUGCACGGAUACCUAUUGUACUUACUUGGUGGCCUACCUACAUCAGGUACUAUGUAUGUAGAUAGAAUGCUCGACAAUUGGACGUUGACGUACUACCUACGGUUGUUGAACUGCACACUACAAACAGUGCUAGUUGUUAUGAAGCUGUUGAUCUCGUUCCUAUUCAUCGAACCCAUCACGCAAGGCUGCGUGUGUUUUGGAAAUGCCAAUUUCGGGUUUUAUGUCGUUCGCCGACCAAAUCAAGUCGGCCGAGGUGAAUGCGAGUGCGAGACAUGGCUUACUUAAGGGCUGAGCUCGUAUACAUGUACUUCCAACGAACUACUGGCGAUCUCACUUAUCGUUUGAUCCAUCGUGCAAAUCGGUAACCCAGCGAGCCGGUACUUAUGCCGACAUCUACUAGGCUUACUACUAGUUUACUGUCUAGUCUCGGGACAAUAGGAAAGGCAAUGCAAUACGCUACCGAAGAAGACUAUAUGAUAUGGAAAAGAUGUCCGAGAAGACUGAACAAAAGUAUCAUAAUAUCGCACACAGUAC